UCCCGAAUCCAAAUACCUCUACUUUCACUACCUUGGCAAAUAAAAUGGUAACAUUGUCGAGAUCUUGUGAAUCACAGAGCAAACAAAUAGGUGUGAGCCGCUAGUAUUUGAUACGGCACGGAAUAUUUCCAUUUAUAUCGCCACUUAUAACCACCUGAGUAUUGUUGGCAAAUUUAUGUAUUUGAUCUGGAAAUUAUUUGUGCCUUGACAAUAUCCUUUCUGAAAGGAGUAUUCACGCCUUCAUGUGACAGAAUUUUCCUUUUUUCAUUCCCCCCUUUGUACAAAUAAUAUUAGUGAGUCCGAGUAGAGGAGAAGGGUUUCAGUGAAGCACGGGGAGGUUGUUUGCACGUGGUCCCUUUUGAAUAUGUUUUCUCUUUCUAUAGCACUUCAAGUAUAAGCCGAAUUGAACACAAAGGUCGCAUUAUAAAUUAUGUGGUGAAGUUAUAUAUUUAAUUCCACGCACCUGCUGGGCAAAUUAUAACUAUAUUAUGACCGUUGCAAAUAGUGAGAAAUUCGACAGGAAAGAAGGGAAGCUUGCCGUGGGGCCAUCAAAACAUCUUUUAGUUUUGUAGCAUGUUUGGAGGUGUCAAUUGCUUCUGACUUUUCCUCCCAAACAUCAGAGAUAUAUAGUGAGGAAACCCCAUCGAACAGCUGAAACUUUCAGAUGUGUGAAUUUCGGUGAAUCAUUCUUGAGAGAGGGAAAAAAAUAUAAUUUGUGAGAAAUAAAAUGUUUGACUGGUUUGUUCCAAGGAGCACUUUGAUGGUGAAGUUUAACAUAUGUUUGUCAUUCUGAAACAGAGAGCAAAAUCCAGAGAGUAUCGGAGUGAACGUUCAUCGGCUGGCCGAGUUGAACCCUCUGUACACGAAUGGAAGGGUAUGGCCUCCCUGUCUUAUCCACCUAUGCCCCCUAUCCUGAGCUUGGUGGUUAUUUUUAUUCUGGUGUACUUAAUCGACACAAGUAAUGCCUGUGGCAUGCAAUUGUGUUAUGAUCGUUGGAGAACGGCUGCAAGUGCAGCGGACAAUGGCUUGAUCAAACCACCUAAUGGAGAAAUUCCUGCAUGUGUAGCACACCGCACUCACUUAUUUUGUCUUAUAGCGGAGGAGCUAAACUGCCGCACCAACUUGCAAUAUCAGAUGACCAAACGUGGAAUAAUCCACAAAAUGAAAAAUGACAAAUGUUACGAAGGUGGAGAUGUUUUUAACGCGAGUGCAGUAAUGGACAAAGGUAUAAUUAUACGGCCAAACAAUUUGAUUUGUACUUUUCGAAGUAAAUACGAUAAAACUCCGAUCAAGUACCAGCAUUGUGGACUGUUCGGUGAUCCACAUUUACGAACGUUUAAGGACGAAUUUCAAACAUGCAAAGUGGAGGGUGCUUGGUCACUAGUACAGAACAAGUACAUUAUGAUUAUGGUCACAAAUAACCCAGUAAAAGACCACGGUGCAGCCACUGCCACAAGCAAGUUGACUGUUGUGAUAAAGAAGAAUGAAGACUGUGCUUCACAUGACUUUGUGACGUAUAGAGCGCGGACUAACUACUUACCAGGAACGUUCGAAAAUGGCCGCUCCGAUGUCGGACCAGACAAAAGCGUGGCCAUACAAGUGAUGGAACCUGGGAAGCAUGUAGAAAUUUAUUUACGGUUCAUUGAUACUACCAUACGGGUGCGACAGAUUGGACGCUAUUUCACUUUUGCCAUAAAAAUGCCGCAAGAAAUUGUGGAACAGUCACUAGGCGAUGAUACUCAGCAAUUAUGUGUGCAAGGAUGCCCCGAACAGGAGCAAAUUAAUUAUAAAAAAUAUCUGGCCGAGAAGCGAAAAAUUAUGGACCUGAAUCAGGGCGAUAUUGCAAUGACCAGUGAACGAGCGAGCGAGUUGUGUCGGCAGUCGCAAGUUGUGGAUUUUUAUUUCGAUUCGUGUGUGUUUGAUCUCAUGACCACUGGGGACGAGAAUUUCACCAUUGCAGCACAUCAGUUAUUGGAGGAUUUAACAGAACUAUCGCCAGACAUUGUAAAAACUCAGGAAAAUAGAACAUAUUUGAACUACGAAGAAAUCCAUCCGUCUAGUGGUUGCAGAUUAAAAAGUAACUUUAUUCCUUGGACUUGUGCUUUAGCAGUUCUCUUGUGUUUUUUAUUUGAUCAGAGGAACUCAUAACAAAGGUAACAUAUUCAGACUCCGGUGAAGCAAUGUCUAUGUCACUUCCAAUAUGUACACAUGUAUCUAUACCAGUAUUACCCCGUAAUAUGUGGAGUAAACUUUCAUUCGGAUGAUCAAACAAGUCAAAUUAGUCAUUUUUAGAAACUUGGCAAGUAUUAAUUUUUUCCAGUUUUUUGGACUCGACUCUAUAGUGCAUCAUGGCACUUUGCAAUGAAGUAAAUUGUGUGUAGACUUUUAACCUUUUGGUAGCUACAUCUUGCCUUGGCUUUAUUGUUACUCAACAAAGAAUUGUUACAAUGGAUGGAGAUUAUACUUGCACUGUACAAGGAUUCAUAAUUAUCCUAGCGCGGCUCAAGAGGGAGAGAAAAAAAAAUUCUUUUACUGGGAAUGAUCCAAUCAAUUUCUCUUUAUAUCUCUUGUAGUUUGAAAAAAAAAAAAUAGAAACAUCUAGGCCUUCCUAUGUUUAGAUGUCAGGAACUAAAUGCAUUCACAUUAGUAAUGCUGCACAAAGCAAUUGAUUUUUUCCUCUUUCCUCAGACCUCCAUGAAAACGGGAUAUAUGGGAAGUGACAUGAACUUUUUUGAAGCUGGGUCUGAAUAUGAUUGCAUCAUAUUUGAUUUGCUAUCAGAAUACAAACCCCCUCUAUUUCAUGAGAAUUAGAGACAUUUGUUUGAAAUUUAUUGAAAUAUAUGAUACCCUUGUUGUAUGAUUUGAGGCCAAAAAAAUAUACAGUAUUUGUGUUUCAUACUGUAUGAUAGAACAAAACCCACCAGACUUAUGAAAUAUGUAGCCACGAUUGUUGAGAAAUGUUCCGUGGAAAUGGAAACAAAUGUUCGAUUUCUGUGCAGAUUUUUUUCUCAUGUAAGCAAGUGAUGGGUGUAUGAUAACUCAUUGGAUAUAUGUGAAAUAUUAAUGAACAUUUGUAAUGAGACAUGGAUUGUAUGGGAGGAAGUGAUACGGAUAGACAUGUGUGUGAUUUGUGUGUAUGUCUGUAUGUGUGUGUGCACGACAUGUAUGUGUGUACAGUAAGUGACUGUGGCAGUGAUUGUGUGAGAAAGAUAACAAUUCAUCGCCAACUGCUGAUUGUACCGGAUUUAUUAAUUAUUUGUUAUUGAAUGUUUUCAGUAGUUUUUCAGUAUGUGAAUCUUCAUAGCUUGACAAUUCAGAGUAUUGAAUUCCAUAUACACACAGUGGUGUUUUGGCCCCCUUGGUCUUUGUGUCAGUUAUGUUUAAAUAAGCCCCUCAUAUUGAUUUUCUCUUCUAAAAUAUCUCGGCUUUAUAAGAACACCAGCCACAAAGAUUUGGUGUUAUUAGGUGUAAACUCUGGAGACCAGGGCUAUCAAAAGAUACCUAAAAAGCUUUUAAAAACUGUUUGUUUAAAUAAAGAUCGACCAACUUGUUUGAAACUUCAAGGCUGGUGUUGCCUAACUUAACCCAAACUAAAUAUUGCAUAAUUUGUACGUACCAUUUUCAAGUCUACAUCAAAAUGGCAAAUGGUUUCUACUUUUUCAUGUCCUGGAAAACUCAAAAGACUUUUUAUUUUCAUUUUUU